AGAGGAUUAAAAAAAAAAAACACAAAGAAGCAUGGCCACUGGGGCUAAACGCAGGAAGGCGGACGGGCCUUCAAAGUCUCGGCUGGAGGAGGAGGAGGAAGAGGAAGAGGAAGGCAGCGGCGACCAGGACUCCGAUUCGGAGCUGGAGAGUGAUAGCGAGGAGGACGAAGAAGAAAUCAAUGAGGAAGUAAACAUUGAAUUUGAAGCACAUACAGUAACUGAUGGUGAUAAAAAUGGAAUAAAAAAGUUACUACAACAGCUAUUUCUAAAGGCUCCUAUUAAUACAGGUGAUCUGACUGAUAUAUUGAUACAACAAAAUCACAUUGGCAGUGUUAUCAAGCAAACAGAAGUCACAGAGGAAAGUGAUGACGAAGAUAAUGAUGAGGUUUUUGGCUUUAUAAGUCUCUUAAAUUUAACAGAAAGGAAGGGUACUGAAUGUGCUGAGCAAAUUAAAGAACUGGUCUUAAGUCAGUGUGAAGAGAACUGUGAGCAGAAUGUGGUUGAGCAGCUGGAUAAGCUUUUAAGUGACACCACUAAGCCUGUGGGCUUCCUACUAAGUGAAAGAUUCAUUAAUGUUCCUCCCCAGAUUGCUCUGCCUAUGCACCAGCAACUGCAGAAAGAAAUAGCGGAAGCUCAGCGUACAAACAAACCUUGUGGCAAAUGCUACUUCUAUCUUCUCAUUAGCAAGACUUACACUACUAAGAAGAAUGCUAAAAAAAGAGGAAGUGCUACGCGCCAGAAAGUGGAGCUAAUGUUUUCAAAUGCCGAAGAAGAAUUUUUCUAUGAGCAAUCGGUGCUGAAAUUCAGUUAUUCAGUAGAAGAAGAGAGUGACUCAUGUUUGGGAGGCAGAUGGUCUUUUGAAGAUACACCUAUGAAGCCUUUACGAACAGUGAUGGUAAUCCCUGCUGAUAGAAUGAAUGCCGUCAUGGAGAAGUUCAAAGAAUACCUUUCUGUCUAGACCAUUUUGUAUGCAAACUGUAUUGAAGGAUGAAGUCAUCCUGUAAGAUGUUGACAUUUGAGUCAUAAAUGGACAAUUAAAAAAAAAAACUAGUUUGCAUUCUUUCAAGGUUUCUUCAUAUUGUAAAAUGUCAGGUAUAUUUUUGCAACAACUUUGUAUGCUGUGAGUUGGUCAUUUAAAGUUGUGUAAUCGGGACUUUUAAAUAAUUGUCAAUAUUUGCUGCAUACUUUUCUUACUGACUUUUGUGUGCUGGUUAUAUUGUCAUUUGUUCAGUUAUGAUAUUCAGCAAUCUGAUGUGUCAAGUUGUAAAAACAACCUGGUCUGUCAUCAUACCUAAUACAUAGAAAAGAAACAUACAGGUGGUCUUUUACAGAAUGUUCAAACACAGAAGUACACUGAAUGAGUGUUAGUUACAACAGGUCCUAGUCCUUAGAGCUGUCAUGGUGCCCCACAGUUCCAUGAUCGUGAUUUGCAACCUCUGCUAGCUUCUGCUAAUGGGGAACUUGGCAGGAAAUUGCAAGUCAUAGUCAUGAGGUUCUUGUUUUUGGUGGCAACUGGGACUGCUGGAAUUGUUGUCACUAAGCAUUGUCAUGUGGAUUAUUUGAUAACUGUAUCAUUUAAUGAUGGAAUUUUUGGUGGCAAUUAACUUUGUUAAGUAAGAACUAUCUAUACCAGGGGUGUCAAACUCGCGGCCUGAAGGCUGGAAGCGUUACAUGCUGGCUAUGGCCACCCCCGGUUUAGCGAAGGAGAAAAAGUCAUGAUGCGUCACGUGACGACAACGAGCGGUCGUGAGUUUGACACCCAUGAUCUAAUAGAGUUUGCAGUAUGAAAUUUAUUAAAUAAUACAUCAUUCAGUUGGG